CUGUGCUCUGUGUGUAUAUGUGAUGAAAGGAGGUGGAGCUGUUCCUUAAGACCAUGUGGCAGGCGCUUGGACCUGGGGGUCCCCACCAGAGACAGCCUUGUGAUUGGCCUCUGACAGUAGCCUGCUGGAGGACCCUAACCUGAGAGACCCAUUGCAGUCCAGCUCCACCCAUUUCUGAAACUGCUCUCUACCUGUAUAGAGCUUUGACCCUUUUCACAUAGUAAGCUCAUUUGGGCUAGAAUAUAACAUCAGAGAAAUAAGCCCAUUUCAUGGCUAAGGAACCUGAGGUAUCAUGAGAUGCAGCAGCUUGCCCCAAAUCUCCCAGCUAGUGAGCAAGAGGGUGGAAUUCAGAUGCAGGACAUCUGCCUCUACCUAUGCUCUGAUACUGAUCACUAGCCACAUGUGGCUAUUUAAAUUAUUACAGUUGAAACGUUUAAAAUUUAUUGCCUCAGUCCCACCAGUGCUCAACACUUAAAUGCUACUAAUGCCUACCACUUCACAUGGUUGUAGAUAGAACAUUUCCAUCAUUGCAGAAAGUUCUGUUGGACAGGAUUAAACCCUGUUAGUGACACCUUGAAGUGAAGUUAAAAAAAAAACAACACAACUUAUGUUUGAGUCCUAUUCUUAAGAAUUUCAUCAAGUUAUUUAUAUUCUGUGCCUCAGUUUCUUAAUCUAUAAAGUGGAGAUGUCAGACACUACUUGCCAUUACAAGUAGUGAGUAAACAAUGACUGAUCUUUCCACCAACCCAGUAUCCAAGCUAUUGGUAACUUCCAUUGUGCUGGUUGUUGGGGGUGACAUUAUCCCUGUCUCAGAGAGACUUGGGGGCCAGUGGAAGUGUUCAGUAUGUAAAUAAAGAGGUGCAUUGAAGUGUUUCAUGUUCACUAAUGGAAGUCAGUGGGAGCCCACAGGGGGGUGUCUUUAUAGAAGAGGAUGCCAAGAAAAGUUUGAGAAGGGUUGGGCUUUGCUGAGUUUUGAAAAGUUUCUUCCAUAUGGCCAAAAGGGGUCUCUUGAAACAGGACAAGGUUCUCUUGUCCUUUGGCGAGGAUUCUCCAAGGCGUCUCAACACAUGGGCCGGCUCCGAAACGCGAAGAUCCACGUGGAGAGAGCUGUCAAGCAGAAGAAGAUCUUUAUGAUCCAAGGUCGCUACCCUGUGAUCCGGUGCCUCUUGCGCCAAAGGGGCUGGGUGGAGAAGAAGAUGGUCCAUCACUUGGGUACCACUUUGCCACAACCGCAUAAGGAUCUGGACAGCUCAGUAAUGGGUGACAGUGACACGACUGAGGAUGAGGAUGAAGAUGAGAAGGAGGCAUUCCGGCCACCACAGCUAUUUGACUUCGAUGAGUUAUUGGAAUUUGAUGACCUACAUGGGACACAUGCUCUGAUGUCACGUAUGGUUCGGAACGAGAUCCCCUACUUCAUCUGGACUACUCGUCGGGACAUCCUGGACUGUCGCUUCCUCUCCAAGGAUCAGAUGAUAAACCACUAUGCUCGGGCAGGCUCCUUUACCACAAAGGUGGGUCUGUGUCUCAAUCUCCGGAAUUUGCCAUGGUUUGAUGAGGCUGAUGCCGACUCCUUCUUCCCGCGCUGCUACCGCCUGGGGGCUGAGGAUGACAAAAAGGCCUUCAUAGAAGACUUCUGGCUGACAGCUGCCCGCAACGUUCUCAAGCUGGUGGUAAAGUGCGAGUGGAAGUCAAACUCUGUCGAAGAAGAGGCCCCAAGAGACAAGCAGCCGAAGAAACAAGAGAAAAAGCCAGCGUCGGUGUCCCCAGAGUUUGUGGAUGCGGCUCUGUGUGCCUGCGAGGAGCACCUUAACAACCUGGCUCAUAUGGACAUCGACAAGGACGUGAAGACCCCGCUCUACCUGAGCCCCGAGGGCUGGUCCCUCUUUCUCCAGCGCUACUACCAAGUGGUCCACGAGGGGGCAGAACUCAGGUACCUCGACACUCAGGUCCAGCGCUGUGAGGACAUCCUGCAGCAGCUGCGGGCUGUGGUGCCCCAGAUGGACAUGGAAGGAGAUCGCAACAUCUGGAUCGUGAAGCCAGGAGCGAAGUCCCGUGGACGAGGUAUCAUGUGCAUGGACCACCUGGAGGAAAUGCUGAAGCUGGUGGACUGCAACCCCAUGAUGAUGAAGGACGGCAAGUGGGUGGUGCAGAAGUAUAUCGAGCGGCCCUUGCUCAUCUUUGGCACCAAAUUUGAUCUGAGACAGUGGUUCCUGGUGACCGACUGGAACCCACUUACUGUGUGGUUCUACCGUGACAGCUACAUCCGCUUCUCCACACAGCCCUUCUCCCUGAAGAACCUGGACAACUCUGUGCACCUGUGCAACAACUCCAUCCAGAAGCACCUGGAGAAUUCAUGCCACCGGCACCCUCUGCUGCCCACAGACAACAUGUGGUCAAGCCAGAAAUUCCAGGCCCACCUGCAGGAGACGGGGGCCCCGAAUGCCUGGUCCACGGUCAUGGUGCCCGGCAUGAAGGCCGCAGUGAUCCACGCCCUGCAGACCUCCCAGGACACCGUGCAGUGUCGGAAGGCCAGCUUUGAGCUCUAUGGCGCUGACUUUGUGUUCGGUGAGGACUUCCAGCCCUGGCUGAUCGAGAUCAAUGCCAGCCCCACCAUGGCACCCUCCACGGCUGUCACCGCCAGGCUCUGCGCCGGCGUGCAGGCUGACACCCUGCGUGUGGUCAUUGACCGGCGACUGGACCGCAACUGUGACACAGGGGCCUUCGAGCUCAUCUACAAGCAGCCUGCCGUGGAGGUGCCCCAGUAUGUGGGUAUCCGGCUUCUAGUAGAGGGCUCCACCAUCAAGAAGCCCCUGGCGCUGUGUCACCGGCGGAUGGCGGUCCGCCCAGCCCUCCCUCACUUGCUGGCCCCGAGAGGCCCUGGGGAAAGCAAGGCCUCAGGAAGCCCCGUCCACAGCGCCUUCAUGGUCCCCACUUUGGAAGUAAUGUGUGGUCUCAACCCUUUGAAGACGGAACUCUUCCUAGCAUCUAUAGGAAGAGCAAGAUCAAAGGCAAAUGCAAGGCCAGACUGUGACAGACCAAAGGCCGAGACACACCUCAUGACGACACGGAGCCUUCCAGGACCCCUGGCCCUUAUCACAGAGCGGGGUUUGGAGGGCACAAAGGACACGUGGCCACAGAAGCACUUGCUUCCAUCAUCACCGCCCUUACCCUGGAUGCAGCACCAAAUAAAAAAGAGCAAAUGAAGUC